AUGUUUUUCCAACAUUACUGCUGGACAGCUGUGUCCCAACCGUGUCAGAAGGAAAAGCAGUUAUCCCUCUCCUGUAAAUUGAUAAUUAAGUCAGUUCUCCCUGUGUUUAGAUGUGUAAAUGUGCUGGAAAGGAAUGUAGAGAAAUGCAGCAUCUUCACCAACCCCAAUGACCACCACAUCACCUUUCAGCUCCUCUGCAGGCACGGCACAGCUAAUAGGAUGGAGGGAGUCGAAGAUGGCAGGUGGAUUCCAUUUUCUGUUUGUGGUGUUGUAAAAACCUAUAACCUGACAUUCCAAGAGUGUGAUCCCUUGCAGGCUAUUUUUGCAAAGCACAUGUGUCCAAACAUUCUUAAAGUCCACUCCAGGCUGCUGGCUGAUGUGAUGAUUCACUUUCCAACCAGUCAAGAAGAAAUAACAUUGUCAGUAACUCCAAUGAAAGUUUGUUUCAAGAGUUACACUGAGGAAGACACUGACUUUUCAAGGACAAUGCUUACUGAGAUACAGCUCAGUCCUGAGGAAUUUGACUACUUUCAAGUUGGAGUAGAUUCUGAAGUGACAUUUUGCCUUAAAGAACUAAGGGGCCUGCUGGUGUUUUCCGAAGCCACCAGUGUUCCUGUGUCCAUCCACUUCGACAGAUGCGGGAAACCCAUUGCUUUCAGCAUUGAGGACCUGCUGCUGGAGGCCAGCUUUAUCCUGGCUACCUUGUGUGAGGCUGAGAAGGAGGGAGCUUCUCCAGAGCCGCCCUGCUGCCCACAGCCCUGGGACAGCUCAAAGACACCUAUGGAUAAAUCUGAACAGACCUCCAUGGAUGGAGCCAGCAAGGCAGACAUGGCCGCUUCCAAAAAGCCACAGCAGAAGGGAAACACUCCAAGCAUGGACUCUGCAAAACGCCCAAGUGCUUUGGCAAACCAAGAGGUAGAAAGUAUUCCCAGAGGCACGGAGAGGGAUGUGCCAGGCAGAGCAGGAGCAGCCACGGCUGAGGCAGUGGGAGGAGAAGCCACAGAGGCUCCUUAUGAGAAGUUUCAUUCCUUAUUCUUCGGAGCUGUUUCUUCCAAGGAGAAGGAGGCCAUCGGUGACACCUUCCAGAGUUUGGUGACAGCCAGUGACACCGAGGAGGAUUUUGGUGCCUUGCAGAGCUCCCAGGUUCUGUAGUUCCAGUGUUGGGGUCCAAGGACAGAGAGUGGGGAGUGCCCAGGAGGGAAGGGCAAUGCAGGCCCAGCAUUUGUCACUGGUGCUGUGACCCAGCAGCACAGAACGUUCUGGAACUGUCAGUGCUCUUGUAAUGGCACAAAUUUAGGUCACAGUUGACUCUGUUGAGGUUUGUGUGUUCUGCAGGAACUGCUGGGGUUCUGCUCUCAGAACACUCUCACUAAGAGAGUCUCAGCUGGAAUUCAAACUCUGUUACCACAUCAGGCAAAUGAAGCUGCUGUUCUGGUUAAGGGUGCUGGAAAAAUAACCCAACCAUGCCCUCUGCCACAGCCAAACCCAGCCCAGCUCCAGAACUCAAGUUUUUACAGAGACUCUGCAGAACCAGCAUUUAACUGAACAACCAAAGUUGUCACAGAAUUGCAUUUUAAAAAAUAAAGGUUUGUGUUUCAGA